AUGAUAGUUCAGAGAGGAAUUCUGAUCUUCCCAAUUGGGCCUGCUUCUCACUUCCACGGCGGAGUUCCGGUGGUCUUCCACCGCCGACCUAUGCCUCAGAUUCCUCUACACCACCAUCCUAUACCCCUUUAUCCUCCUCAAUUUCAGAGCCGCGUCCCUGUUUUCCGGGUUGUUGGCGCCCCAAUUUGUCGUCAAGGAUCUGUGAAGAAAGCCGAUCAGUUCAAGGUUCGAAGAGUUUGUCGCUAUAAUUUCAAAGUCGAGAUUGCCGUAAUUCAGAGUCUAAUCAGGGCCGGCUACCGAUUUGCUAGUUUCGACACGGAAUUCCCCGGGACAGUGGUUAAAUCUGAAAUUCCGAAACAUCUGAUAUCUCAAGCUGUUCUGGUUGAUGUGUAUAAGAAGAAGCACCGAAACGGGUAUGAGUUUCCUGAUACGAUACGAUCAGAAACGUGGAAACGGCAAAUCUUAAAUGUAAUAGGAAACGGGUAUAAGAUGAUGAAGACCAAUGUGGACCAAACCCAUAUUAUCCACUUGGGUCUUUCACUCUCUUACCCAUUUGGGAAUUUUCCGGUUUAUGAUGGUGCCUACUGCUGUUGGGAGUUUAAUUUCAAUGAUUUCGAUGUAGACUGUGCUAACCAUUUGCGGAAUAGUGUCUCGAUUGAUGUCCUGAAGCGGCAAGGAAUAGACUUUUCCGAAAACAAAUGCACUGGUAUUUGUUCUGCAGACUUUGCUGAGGAGAUUAAGAGGUCUGGGCUAGUGGAGUUGCUUCCUUGCUUGACUUGGGCUACUUUCCAGAGUGCAUAUGAUUUUGGGUACUUGAUAAAGAUGUUCACUGGGAACAAGGAAUUGCCAGAGGAUAUCAAGGAGUUCAUGGGGAACGUGAAGACAUAUUUUGGACCGAAUGUGUACGACAUCAAGUACAUGAUGAAGUUUUGUGAUGGACUGUUUGGCGGUUUGAAUAGCGUGGCAGAAACCCUUGGGGUUGACUGUGUGGCUGGGAGUAGCCACCAGGCUGGUUCUGAUAGUCUUUUGACACUGCAAACGUUUGCCAAGAUGCUCAAGAUGGAGAAGAACAAAGGGAAAAGGCUGUGGGAAGAAUGUGGAGGAGUUUUGUUUGGUUCAGGAAACUUGGAUUUCUGGCAUCAUUGUUGA